UAUACAGUUAACUAUGGAGAACUCUGAUCUCCCUCUCCAUCUUUGCAAUGUUAACAAGUUUUCAAUCAUCUUCAAUAGGUUACAUGCACUUGUGCAUACCAUAGCUAUAGCUUUCUUAAUCUACUAUAGAGUUUCUUUUCUCUUUCUAGAAACUAGAGCCAUACCGUUAUUACCAGGGGUUCUGGUCUUUGCCUCUGAGCUACUUCUUUCAGUUAUAUGGCUCAUUGGGCGAGGGUACCUCUGGCAUCCGGUUUCUCGCACGGUGUUUCCGGAAAGAUUGCCGGCAGAUGAUAAACUUCCGGCCAUUGAUGUGUUUAUAUGCACUGCGGAUUCAGUGAAGGAGCCUACUUUAGGUGUCAUGAACACUGUGUUAUCAGCUAUGGCCCUGGACUAUCCACCAGAGAAGCUUCAUGUUUAUUUAUCAGAUGAUGGGGGUUCUCCUGUAACUUUAUAUGGUAUGAGGGAGGCCCAUAAGUUUGCAAAAUGGUGGCUUCCCUUUUGCAGGAAGUUCGGAAUCAAGACAAGGUGCCCGCAGGCAUAUUUCUCUGCACCAGAGAGUGAUGAUAAUAAUUCUGAUCAUAUUGAGUUUAUGGCAGAGAAGAAGAUUCUUAAGGAAAAAUAUGAGAUGUUUGAGGAAACUGUUAUGAGGGCUGGAGAAGAUGGAGAAUUUGGGGACAGCCGAGAUCACCCAACUGACAUUGAGAUAAUAGAAGACAUUUCGGGUGAGACUAUGCCAGAAGACCAUGUUAAUAUGCCUCUUCUUGUUUAUGUUUCUCGCGAGAAAAGGCCCGAUCAUCUUCAUCAUUUCAAGGCCGGAGCCCUCAAUGUUCUUCUUCGGGUGUCUGGCGUGAUAAGCAAUUCUCCAUACAUACUAGGCCUCGACUGUGACAUGUACUGCAAUGACCCAACUUCAGCUAGGCAGGCCAUGUGUUUCCACCUUGACCCUAAAAUCUCUUCUACGUUAGCAUACGUUCAGUUCCCCCAGAAGUUUUAUAACAUCAGUAGGCAUGAUAUUUAUGACAGUCAGUUUAGAUCAGCAUAUAAGACAAUGUGGCAUGGUAUGGAUGGGCUGAGGGGACCAGUCUUGUCUGGUACUGGCUAUUAUAUUAAAAGGGAGUCAUUUUAUGGCAACUGCACCCAAAAAGGUAUUGGCUUUGAGGAACUUAGAAAUUCUCUUGGCUCCUCCAAUGUGUUCAUCAAAUCCCUUCAAGAAAACUACAAGCACGACAAUGUCAAUGAUGGGAAGUUGUCCAACGCAUUACUGCAAGAGACCAAAGUUGUAGCCUCCUGCACCUACGAACAUCGGACAAAGUGGGGUGAAGAGGUGGGUUUUCUGUAUCCAACUGUGGCCGAAGAUUUCUUUACAGGGUACAUUUUACACUGUAAAGGCUGGAAAUCCACAUUUCUUAGUCCACCUAGGCCACAGUUUUUGGGCACUUCAGCCACAAAUUUGAAUGACCUAUUGGUUCAAGGCACCAGAUGGGGCACUGGAUUGAUUGAUGUUGCUAUCUGUAGAUUCUCCCCCUUGUUUUAUGGACCAUUAAGAAUGUCUUUUCUUCAGAGCAUGUGCUAUGCAGAACUCUCACUUUUCCCACUUUUUUAUUGCUUCCCUCUCUGGUGUUUUGCUACUAUUCCCCAAUUGUAUCUUCUACAUGGCAUCCCCAUCUACCCUGAGUUUUCAAGUUCAUUCUUUAAGAUAUUUUCUUUCAUUUUCAUGUCGGCCAUCGCUAAACAUCUGCAAGAGGUGCUUGCAACAGGAGGUUCAAUCGAGACAUGGAGAAAUGAGCAGAGGAUUUGGAUGACAAAGUCUGUCACAUGUCAUACAUUUGGAAGUUUGGAUGCCAUACUGAAAUUUCUUGGUCUGAGGAAAGCCAGUUUCGUGCCAAGCAACAAAGUUAUGGACAAUGAACAAGCUAAAAGAUAUGAAAUGGGUCAACUAGAUUUCCAAACAUCGGCAAUGUUUCUUAUUCCAAUGGCUACUUUAAUGAUCCUGUACAUAGCAGCCUUGUUUGGAGGAGUUGCAAGAAUUAUUGCAGUGGGCAACUGGGACAAGAUGUUUGUACAAGUUGUGCUCUCAUUCUACAUCUUCAUUAUCAAUUUUGCAAUUGUUGAAGGGAUGCUUAUAAGGAAGGACAAGGGACGAAUUCCGCCAUCAAUCACUGUCAUCUCCGUUUUGUUUUUCAUUGUAUUCUUGUUCUUGGGAUCUGUUAUUCUCUUGUAUUAGUUAAGCACUGGCA